AUGAAACUCAACAGAGCCGUAGAGCCAAGCCGCGGGCAUACCUCCAUUNGCGCAACGGACGAGCCUUUCGCAGACCAGGCCAGCGACAUUCUGGACCAGGCAUGGCCGGUGAUCCUGGUCGUGGGCGCGAUGAUGGCCGUGCAGUGGGGCGUGACCCUCUACUUCGGCGCCGCCACGGCCUCCGGCCAGGUGCUGCCGAUCUACCUAACGCUCGCGGCGGUGGGCGCCGCGUACUUCCUGUACCAGGAGGAGAACGUCGGAAAGGCAUGGGAGUGCUUCUGCGAGUUCGACGAGCUGGCCAAGUACGCGUUCGCGGUGUUGGCGGUGGCGUUUUCGUACGCCCUGGCCAGGGUCUCCCCUGGCUGCUCGAAGGUGCGGUACGGGACAAACCGCGUGCCUACUGCCGGAUCGAGUGGUGCUUCGUCAUCGUCGGGGCAAGGUCUCGCCGUGGAGGACUCGGCCUUGGUCGUGUACCCCCGCGAGCUGCCGGACGACCCCAAGAAGUCGUUCGAGGCCAUGCACAAGUUCCUCGUGAAGGAGCUGGUGGAUGACGUCGCCGACAACUACGAGGGAAUCCCGGCGCAGCUGGAUUGGAUCCAGGAGAACCUGGAGUACAACACCAAGGGAGGCAAGAUGAACCGGGGGAUGGGGGUGGUGGACGUGCUGAGAGCGUUCGCAGAGGCCGACGGCAGGGAGCUCCGCCACGAAGAGGUAUGCCGCGGCAGCAUUCUGGGAUGGUGCGUGGAGUGGCUGCAGGCGUUUUUCCUGGUGGCUGACGAUGUCAUGGACAGGAGCCUCACCCGCCGCGGGCAACCCUGCUGGUACAAGGUGGGGCGACAGAAACAGAGACAAACACAUCCUGAGUUUAGAGUUACCCAAAGUGAGAUCGCCAUCAACGACUCUUUCAUCCUCGAGGCCCACGUGUUCAAGAUGUUGAAGCGGCACUUCGCUCACGAGAACUACUACCUCCAGCUGGUGGAGCUGUUCCACGACGUGACCUACCGGACCGAGAUGGGGCAGCUUCUGGACCUCACGUCCCAGCCGAUGGACGCCCCGUUUACCCCCGUGCGCUACCGCAUGAUCGUCCGGUAUAAGACGGCGUACUACACCUUCUACCUGCCGUGCGCGAUCGGCAUGAUCUACGCCGGCGUGAAGGAUCCCGCCAGCUACCGGCUCGCCCGCGACAUCUGCUGCCGGAUAGGGGAGUUCUUCCAGAUCCAGGACGACUACCUAGACUGCUUCGGCGACCCCGAGGUCAUCGGAAAGGUGGGCACCGACAUCCAAGACAAUAAGUGCAGCUGGCUGGUGGUGCAGGCGCUGGAGAGGGCCUCCAGGGCGCAGAAGGCUGUCCUCAUCCAGAACUACGCAAUCGACGAGGAGGCUAAGAUCGAGCGCGUUAAGGAGCUGUACCGCGAGCUGAAGCUGGAGGAAGUGUACGCCAAGUACGAGGAGGACACUCACAAGCAGAUCAAGGAGCUCAUCGCGAAGGUUGAGGACAUCCCCCACGCGGUGAGGAAACGGGGGAGGGGGGGGGGCGUACCCAUGUUUUGCAUGCAGUAG